AGAAUUAGAAAAAACAGUACCUGUGCUGCAUAUCUGGGUGUAUUUGAGACCUCAGUAAGGAUGCAAUUGUGCUGUGAAUCCAUAAAUGGCACUUGCAUAAGGAGCAGCUGGUCAAAUAGUAUCCGUAUUUCCAUGUACAUCUUCAUGGUUAGCAUUAUUCUGGCCACAGUGGUUGGAAAUCUGACAGUUAUCAUCUCGAUAUCACAUUUCAAGCAGCUCCACACGCCUACAAAUUUCCUGAUACUUUCAAUGGCUACCGUAGACUUCCUGCUGGGAUUCUUCGUCAUGCCUUGCAGUAUGGUGCGCUCUGUUGAGCACUGCUGGUUUUUUGGAGAGUUCUUCUGCAAGAUCCACACAAGCACUGACAUUAUGCUGAGCACAGCUUCUAUCUUCCAUCUUUCCUUCAUAUCUGUCGACCGUUACUAUGCUGUGUGUGACCCUUUAAGAUACAAAUCAAAGAUAAAUGCUUUCGUCAUCAUGGUCAUGGUGUGUAUAAGCUGGAUGGUCCCUGCUGCUUUUGCUUUUGGGAUGAUCUUUCUAGACCUAAACUUGAGAGGGGCAGAAAAGAUUUAUAAUCAUGUCCACUGUGCAGGAGGAUGCUUUCUCAUUUUUAGUGAAACUUCAGGUAUUGUGGCCUCCACAGUGUCUUUUUAUAUCCCUGGAUUUGUUAUGUUGUACAUCUAUAGGAAAAUAUACUCUGUAGCCAAGAAGCAGGCAAGAUCCAUCAAUGCAAUUAGCAGAAAAAAAAUGCAAUUUGAAACGAAGCACCACAUUUCAUUCUGCAGAGAAAGGAAAGCUGCUAAGACUUUAGGCAUCAUAAUGGGAGUGUUUCUCAUCUGCUGGACUCCAUUCUUCUUCUUUACAGCUACCAAUCCAUUUAUGAAUUAUGUGAUACCUCCUGUUCUCAUUGAUGCUUUGGUUUGGUUUGGCUAUUUAAAUUCCACACUUAACCCAAUUGUUUAUGCAUUUUUUUACAUGUGGUUUCGCAGGGCAUUGAAGAUUAUUCUGUUUGGAAAAAUUUUCCAACAGGACUCUUCCAGGACUCGUUUGUUUUCAGACUAA